UCAGUUUGAAACUAGUAUAAGUGUAGACAACACGUCCCAUUCGUAAUAUUAAGUAAUAUUAAGUUUGAUACCAUUUUUUCCUCAUUUGGUGAUUUUUAAAAAACUAUUUUGCAAAUUUAAAAUUUCUAUAAGUAGUUCUAUAAGACUAUAAGUAGUGCGAAAUUCAAUAAAAAUGUUUAAACGUUGUCGUAAUCAGAUAAAAGCCAUUAAAUCGGCCGCUCAAGUUAUAGCAAGUCGCGGUGAGGUCAAAUAUACCAACCCCCGCCUACCCAUGUCCUGGAAAGUUCAAGGCGUUACUACUCCGGCCCCGCCGUCCGAUCCCCGCAUGCCCAUGUCCUUGAAAGUUCAAGGCGUUACUACUCCGGCCCCGCCGUCCAAUUGGAAGACAGAGGAAUUCAUUCUGGUGGCCCGGCCUCGACGACAAGACCAGAACCGCCUGUGGCUGCGAGCUCGUGAGCCUUGGACCUCUGUAAGCGAGCAUUAUAAGCGCCACAUUGCCGCUCGGGUGAUGCGGGAAAUGGAAAUAGAAAGAGAGCUUGAGGAAGAAUUGGCAGAGUUCUUCCCUGGGAUUUUUACGGGAGGCAGUGCGUGUGGCGGCGGCAGUGGCAACGGAGGCGGCAACAGAGGCGGAAACGGAGGCAACGGAGGCGACGGAGGCUUUCCGCCCUUCAUCUCGCCCAUGGAAUUGCAGCGCGAACAGAAGCAGCGCAAGAAGGAGAAGCUGCUAGAGAUGCUCCGGCAAAAGUUCGAGCAGCAGCAGACCCUGGGACUGCUGGCCUUUGGGACGCCGACUGGGGGCAAGAUCCGCCUGAGGAAAAAGUCCGAGCAGCAACAGACCGUGGGACGGCUGGCCUUUGGGUGCCCGAUGGGUGCCAACAUCCGCCUGAGGAUACCAUUGCCUCUACCAUCACCGGUGAAAUUGUCUUCAUCGUUAAGAGCUUCAGUGAUAGUGUCGGAGCUGAAGAAAGUAAUCAAGUACCGGGGCAUACCCCACAAGCCACUAGGGGUGGAACACAUGGAGCGGGUGAAGGAAGCAGCGAAGAAGGCCCAACAACCGGAGCAUAGCUUACAGAAACAUGAACCCCAGGAAAAAGACUUGGCCGGUCAAAAGAUAAAACGGAUCGCCGGGACACUGCACGCCUUGGCCCGCUUCUACAAGUUCUAACACCGAGAUACAUAUAUAGGAGGUGGAGGAUGACAGUCCCCUCUCCAGAAACCCCAAUCCCAGCUCUUACCAUAAGAAUUCGAACUCCGUAGGAUAUUAGCAAGAAUCCCCCGCUUGGACUUCGAAUCCUGCCCAACCAAAUGCGCCAAGAAAAAAAAAACUUAACUUAGCCAGGACAUACUUAACCCCAGAUUGCCGCAAAAUUCAAAAACUUGGGGAUUCCUACAGAGACUCCCCGCCAAUCUUUUAAAUCAAAUUUUCGGAAACUCGUUCCUUAAACUCUUUACCCACAAACCUCAAAAUCGGAAACAAGGCGAGUAGUUGAUCCUCGAAUGCAAGAAUACUUACUCCAUAUGUAUGUAGUAUUCCAUCAAGUGCAGAGAGUGUUUUUAAGUGGAUUUAUUACUAUAGUCCCAUAUAGUCCCGAGUCCAAUUACCUAGAAAUCCGUCGCGAUGGGAGAUGACUGUAUAACAAUGUGGAUGUUGCUGUGAGAUCAUUGUACUUGAUUGUUUCGUGAUUUUAGAGAAGAUGACAAAUAAACUACCUUAUUUUUUAAUAUA